AGGGAGAGGGCGCGCUGUGAUGAAGCCAAUGUUUGUCGUCGAACUCCAGCAAAUAUGAGAAUGGGAGAUAAUGGUCCACACUGAGAAGGAUGACUGAAGCUCAGCAACUAUCAGUUUGCGUCUUUUUUUGUGUCACAAUUGGACUUAACACCUGAAUGUUGAAAAAUCUGGACCGCAAAGAACAAAAGAUCGCAUCUGGGUUUUGGACAAUUCUUCGCACCGUCCUGAUUUUUUUAUUUUUUGAAGAGUGGGUAUUAGAGUCCAGUUUUAGAUUCUCGGAUUGGUCAUCUCUGUGGAGGGAAUACUGGAGACCUCUGCGCUCCAGUUUGCGCACAGGGAUGCCGUAGCUCCACACGAAUCGUGAUAGAUGAAGUACUUUUUGAAAUUGGCUUGGAGAUUUUAGCUCGGCGGAGAGACACACGCACAGCAAUAAUAGCGCAACACGCAGGGAGAGGAGCCAGCGCCAGCGUUCUUUGUGUCUUUGCAAUAAGAGGCUGAUAAAAAGCAAUAUAUUCUCCAAAAUAAACACUGUCAUCCGGCUGUGCGCCAUGGGCGAUGAGGCGUCAAACUUCAGGAGACACAGCAGGACCGGUGUCUCAUCACCAAAACCCCAGACUAGUGAGGAUCACGGUCGAAAGGAGAUUCUGGGAUAAACUGAAACUGUCCACCGCCGAAAACAAUGAGAUUAAUGGCUUUCUGGAUGGCCUGACAGGUUAUCACUGUGACAGUUUUUGAUGUUAUUCAGAAAACAAGGUUCAGAUCUGGGCUGUGCUGGACUUGGUCACUUUGAUUUGUUCGCUCAGAGAUCAAGUGGCAGAGAGGGACAUGAAAUGAUUCGCUUUUUGCUUCAAACGCGCGAUUACAGCCAUAUAAUUUAGUCAAUAAGUAAAAAAAACCAAAAUUAAUAUUAGUGUAUUAUAUUUUAUUUUUUUGCAUAAUGAUGGAACCACCACCAUGUUCGAAGAAGAGCCUUUCGCUGUCGCUCCCGGUUCCUCGGGAGGGACAGGCGACUCUGAAACCUCCACAGCAUCUUUGGAGACAGCCCCGGACCCCGAUUAAAAUCAAACACCGGGGAUACUCCGACACCGACCGGCACCACCACCGGCACAUGGAGCGCUCAGACGCUGUGGAUACGAGUGACCGACCGGGACUGAAGAAGUCUCGGAUGUCCUGGCCGUCCUCCUUCCACGGGACCACAAACACAUCCAUCGGAAACUGUGUCGGGAAUAAACGCUUCGAUUCAGAAAAUGGCCCGUCACCAGGCCGCAGUCCCAUGGAUUCGCAGGCGAGUCCUGGGUUGGUGCUUCACCCUUCUUUCCCCCAGAGCCAGCGGAGAGAGUCCUUCCUGUACCGCUCGGACUCGGACUACGACACAUCUCCCAAAACCAUGUCUCGCAACUCCUCCAUCAACAGUGAGGGGCACGCCGAAGACAUGAUUGUCACCCCUUUUGCUCAGGUGUUGGCCAGCCUACGAACUGUAAGAAGCAACUUCACCAUCCUCGCCAAUGUCACAACACCCACUAACAAGAGGUCACCAGUGACAAGCCAACCCACUGUUCCCCAAGCUACUCUCUCUGAGGAGACUUACCAGCAGAUGGCUCGGGAGACCCUGGAGGAGCUGGACUGGUGUCUGGACCAGCUGGAGACCAUUCAGACCCACCGCUCAGUCAGUGAGAUGGCUUCAAACAAGUUCAAGAGGAUGUUGAACAGGGAGCUGUCCCAUUUGUCAGAGAUGAGUCGCUCAGGGAACCAAGUGUCAGAAUACAUCUCCACCACCUUUUUAGAUAAACAAAAUGAAGUGGAAAUCCCAUCUCCCACUCUGAGGGAAAGAGAAAAGCCCAUGUGUCACAUCAGCGGUGUGAAGAAGCUCACGCACAGUUCCAGCCUUUCCAACUCCACCUUGCCUCGGUUUGGCGUGAAGACAGAGCACGAGGAAGCUUUAGCCAGGGAACUGGACGACUUGAACAAGUGGGGCCUUAAUAUCUUUCGUGUGGCAGAGUUCUCCAAUAAUCGACCCCUAAGCUGCAUCAUGUUUGCCAUCUUCCAGGAAAGAGAUCUGUUAAAAACUUUUAGGAUCCCUGUGGAUACUUUUGUCACUUACGUGAUGACCCUGGAGGACCACUAUCACGCCAAUGUCGCCUACCACAACAGCCUUCAUGCUGCUGAUGUCACCCAGUCCACCCAUGUACUGCUAUCCACACCAGCUCUAGAUGCCGUAUUCACAGACCUGGAGAUAUUAGCAGCUUUAUUUGCUGCCGCCAUUCAUGAUGUAGACCAUCCAGGAGUGUCCAACCAAUUCCUCAUAAACACAAACUCAGAACUGGCCCUGAUGUAUAACGAUGAGUCUGUUUUGGAGAACCACCACCUGGCUGUGGGGUUUAAGCUGCUCCAUGAGGAGAAUUGUGACAUCUUCCAGAACCUCACCAAAAGGCAAAGACAGAGCCUGAGGAAACUUGUGAUUGACAUGGUUUUGGCUACAGACAUGUCCAAACACAUGAGUUUGCUGGCAGACCUCAAGACGAUGGUGGAAACCAAGAAAGUGACGAGUUCUGGAGUUCUGAUGCUCGACCACUACACCGACAGAAUACAGGUACUGAGGAACAUGGUGCACUGUGCAGACCUGAGCAAUCCCACAAAGCCUCUGCAUGUGUAUCGGCAAUGGACGGAGAGAAUCAUGGAGGAGUUCUUCAGGCAGGGAGACAAGGAAAGGGAGCGAGGCAUGGAGAUCAGUCCCAUGUGCGACAAACACACCGCAUCUGUGGAAAAAAGUCAGGUGGGCUUCAUUGACUACAUUGUUCAUCCACUAUGGGAGACGUGGGGAGACCUUGUGCAUCCCGACGCCCAGGAGAUCUUGGACACCCUAGAGGACAACAGGGACUGGUACCAGAGCACUAUCCCGCAAAGCCCAUCGCCACCUUCUGUGUGUCAGGAAAAGGAGCUAAACAAAUGCAUUGACAAAUUUCAGUUUGAGCUCACCCUGGAAGAGAGCUCUCAGAAUGAGCAGGGACAUGAGGACGACAAAACCACACCAAACCAUGUGGCAGAAGACUGCAGUGACAUAGACAAGGAUGAUGACAAUGAGGACAAGGAAGAUCUGAUGUCAGAGGAGAAGAAUGAGGACAUAAUAGAGGAAGAGGAUGAAGUGGCAAUGGAGGAAGAGGAAGGAGAGGAAGAGCUGAAACCUCGGUUAGGUGAGGAGCCACAAAAGGAAAGACUUUAUGACACAAGUCCUGUAGAAGAAGAGGAAGAUUCGUCUUCUCAAGCUGAAGAUACAUGAGGUCUGCUCCUGUAUCUCCCUCCUAUCUUGCACACAUUAUGUUGUUGAUUCUUUAAAUGGCCAAACAAAGAACAAAUAUGACUGCAAUGACAAUACAGACCUUUAAGUAUAUUUUUCAAAAAGGGAAUACAUUCAAAAUCGCUCAAAGAGAAGCUAAUUACACAGCAACUGUAGAUUUGGAGUGAUAACAAGUUCUAGGACUAAUUUCACUAGGAACUUAAGACUAAUGGGAAUCUAGAAGGCCAUUAUUGAUGGGCAAUGGAAGACAGUGUAGCACUCUGGUGACUAGAAUGCGCAUAAAUAAACACACAUGAAAUCACACAAAAAUAUCCACAAAAAACACAAUUGAAAGUAAGUCGUGUAGAGUACAAUAAUGCAAUGUGCAUACAUGCAUGCAGCAAGCCAUGCAGUAUCAUUGCAUUUCAUAUGUACACCUAUUGAUUUUUAAAAAGACACAUAGACUUACACAGGCACCUACAUACACUUGACUGUAUGUUUGUAUGUGUGCAUUUACACAAGGGACAUUGAUCAGUGAUGAAUCUCUUUGGAAAAAGCCAUUCCUUAUUGGUUUAUUAAGUCGUGUCAAGUCAGUAUUAGUAAUUCAUGUCUUUUAGAAUCUCAAUAGAAACUGCUUUCUUCAGAGAAGCUUCAGUGACUUUUUUUUCCAUUUCUGUCGGAAAUAAAGCUUAAAAAAAAAAUACGUCCGCAGAGUUGGAGAAAGAAAAGAGUGUAACAUGGAAGCGAAGAAAAGGAAGAUGCUGCGUUGAAGGGGCCCGAGAAGCCCCAUAUCCUUUUUCCCUUUACAAGGAGAGUGCUACUGGUGUAAGAUGGCUCUGUGCCUUUGUGAAACAUUAGCUUCCUGACUGAGGCUGUGGUGAAGCAAUGCAUUGUGGAACAGGAGAGUCUGAUUUUUGGAAUCAUUUUUGAUUGUCUCUUGUUCAAGAUCUCUCUUUACUGUUCAUGGUAUUGUGGUGUGUAACUCACACGUACAAGUUUCUGUGGUGACUUGUUUUCAGCUGUAAGUCUUCCUUUAGUUGCUCUUCUGGUGUUAUGAGAACUCAGAACUUUAGAUGCAGCGCAAUCACUAACACCACCACUACCACCACUGGACUCUUUCCAGCUUAUAUAUUUAUUUCCUAUUAGACUGAUUUUAUUAUUAUUAUUUUCUAAACUUUCAGAGAAUAAGCCAUGUGAUGCUUUGAAGCAUAUACGUUUUUGCCUAUUUUAUAUUUGAAAUUUUGCUGAAUAUGUUAUAAAGGGAGAGAAAGUUUCAUCAGCAGAACAGAAGUUCAUUUGCUGUCUUCAUUCUUUUGUAUUUUUUUGUCUCCUCAUACAUAGCGAUUCUCACCAAAGUUAAGGAAGACAAGCUUCAGUGGGCGAGUUGAAUUGAAGGAAAUCAGGGAGGCAGAAUGUCAGGGAAAAGGUCUGGCAGUCCCGAAUCAUCCUUUCUAUGUUUGAUGGUUUUUGCCUUAAUGUCAGAUGCAGGAUACAUACCUAUAAGUAUGUAGAUUUAAAGACAUAAUUCAGAUAUCCUAGUAUAUUUAUAUGACAUCUGUAUACUUAUUUCUGUGCUGGUGUGAAACAAUGUAUUUUGCAUUUUGGAGGGGAAGUGGGAAACACAGCUGCCAGUUAUUUUUGUCAUGGCUGCGCUCGGAUCAACUAAAAGAAUGUGCUGUUUUUUAAAAAAACAAACAAAAAAAUAAGAUUGCAUCCUAUAGCUUCCUGGAGACAUUAGAGAUGAGAUUACGAAAUUAUGAGUGAGUCAGUAACAGUAAAAUACCGCAAGAUGUUAAAAGAUGUCGUCGCUCAUGUUGUCGUCCGCUCAUUGGCAUCUUCGCAUCAAGUGUCCAGGAUCUGAUCAGAACAGCCAAACUGUGCCAGGUUGUUUGAGCGUUUGUUUUCUCACAGGGUAAAUCGAACAUUAAGUUAAAGGUAAGGGCGAGUUUCUGCAGGUCAGUAACUGAGCUCAUGUGAAGUUGCCACAGAUUGGUGCAACAGAAGCCUGUGUAUUUGGUUGAGCUGUGAGGCUACCAUGCAGGCUUUUCAUGUGGUGAAAAUGGGAAUUCAGGAUUACUAUCACAGUUACUUAAAUAUAAAAAAUAUAUAUAUCCCAUAUGCACUGGCCUUUUACUUUAAACAUAUUCCUUUGUUUUUGUGGCUUCUUGUUCUGUCAUAAGCUAUAAAGACAGUAAUAUUUAAUUGCCAUACAAACACGAUACUGUAGCAAUUGUUUCUUAUUAAGGAAAUUAUUCAAUUGAUUGAUUGCUGCCAUUCUUUUUAAAUGAUGAAAAGAAAACAUGGGAAAGUGUUUUCUUUUAACAGCUUGUGUACAGUUUAUUUUUAUAUCAUUCAGGUGGAUGGUCUGGAAAAUGAAUCACAUGCUGAUGAUAUAUAGCUAUAAUCAUUACCACUCUUGUAUAUAAUGUAAUAAUGUACUGUAAAAUAAAAUUUUAUCCGAAUUAUAAUGAUUGACAAAUAACCACUGAGACACCACAAGUCACCUCGUCACCUUGUCAUUCUCGAAUACUAUAUUUCCUCACAUGUGGGUAACAUUUUGUCAUAACUUUUAAUAGUGCACACUUAUUGUUAAAAUCAAAUAAAUUUGUACCAGCACUUUAUUUCAUCAGGUUUCAAGGUAAAACAAGUCGGGUUCAGGUAGUAUGCAGUCUGUGUAUCCAUCUGGGCAAAAAUCCCAAACCCACAAUAUCCAGCGGUUGAGAUGCACUGUAAAAUAAAUUAGACGUCCCCUUAAAAGAGUCUAUGAGAUUAUUAUUAUUAUUAUUAUCAUUGUGUUUUUUUUUACUGAAAGUCACAACAUGUGUCCUUAUUUGACUUGGUCAUUUCAAGCACUUACACUCCCUUUGUUUCUUAGUAACUUUAAGCACUAUCUAGCCUGAUAGCCUAAAUGUCCGUCCCAUGGUGGCCUAUUUAUCUGGUUCCCAUUGGUGUUCCUGUCAGGUAAUGUUAUCACAGACUGACUCCCUUUGAGAGAAAUUCUCUGGGCUUUAAUUCACGUGUUUGUCAUUAGUAACAGAGCUUGUUUAAAGGGAGAUAGGAAAAAAAAAACAUGAAAUGAUUGUAAUAUUUGUAAAUGAACUUGCUGUAAUGUGUAAAAUGUGUCCAAGUUAUUUUUUAUUAUAUUAUUUUUAUGAAAGUUUUUUCCUCCUGACAGAACCGAG